AUCCAAAUCCGGAGUACGUUGACAACGACUGCUGUUUGUACUACACGCGCCCGCGGGGUCGAGUUGUACUGCAAUUCAAACCCUCAAGAAAGUCAGCGCCUGUACUGCACUGCAUCUUCAUGCAUACAAGUCAGUCAUCGAUCCAAAGGAAUAGUUUCCAGCAAGAGCUAGCUAGCAACCAAAGCCAACAAGCUCAAUCAAGAACUCCUAAGCUCAAUCAAUCGAGUUCGAUGGCCAGGAGGAGCACUGAUCCGAAGCUCCUCUGCACCUUGCUGAUCCUCCUCCUCUGCGUCGUCCAGCAAGCUCGCGGCCAUGGCGGCAUCGACCACGGCGACGGCGGCGACGAGGACUCGGGCACUACCACGGCGCCGGCGGCUGCGCUCAGGUCGUCCAAGGGCCUGGUGGCCGUGAAGUCCUACUGCUUGGUGAUCCUGCUGGUGUUCACCUUUGCCGGCGGCGUGUCGCCAUACUUCUGCCGCUGGAACGAGACCUUCCUGCUCCUCGGCACCCAGUUCGCGGCGGGAAUCUUCCUCGGCACGGCGCUCAUGCACUUCCUCGCGGGUUCGAGCUCCACCUUCCAUGGGCUCACGGAGAACCAUUACCCGUUCUCCUACAUGCUCGCCUGCGCCGGGUUCAUGUUCACCAUGCUCGCCGACUGCGCCGUCGCCGCCGCCGCCGCCGUCGCCAUCGCCAGGCGGCGGCAGAACCAGAGAGCGGUGGUCAACGAGGAGGAGGAGCUAGGCCAUGGCGGCCGCCGCCUCAAGGGGGAGGAGGAGGAGGGCGGCGCCGGCAAUGGCGCGGCGGCGGCGGCGGCGUCUCCGGCUCCGGCGGCGGAUGCGGAUGGGGACGCGCACCAGCUGCAACAGCACCCGGUGCAGCUCGUGGCGGCGGCGGCGUCGUUCGAGGACGCCGUGCUGCUCAUCGUCGCGCUCUGCUUCCACUCCGUCUUCGAGGGCAUCGCCAUUGGCGUCUCAGCGACAAAGGAUGAGGCGUGGAGGAACCUAUGGACGAUCGGGCUCCACAAGAUCUUCGCGGCGGUGGCCAUGGGCAUCGCGCUACUCCGGAUGAUCCCCAAGCGCCCGUUCCUCAUGACGGUGCUCUACUCGCUGGCAUUCGCCGUGUCGAGCCCGAUCGGGGUGGGAAUCGGCAUCGCCAUCGACGCCACGACAGAGGGCUUGGCGGCAGACUGGACGUACGCCAUCUCCAUGGGGAUCGCCACUGGGGUCUUCGUCUACGUCGCCGUCAACCACCUCAUGGCCAAGGGGUACCGCCCGCAGCAGCCAAACUACUUCGACAAGCCAAUAUUCAAGUUCCUCAGCGCGCUCCUCGGCAUCGCCGUCAUGGCCAUCGUCAUGAUAUGGGACUAGCUGGUUGAUUGGCCAUGGUCACAUGUAGGCAGUGCUUCAUUUGGGUUUUAUUGUGUGUAGCAUUGUUCACAUAUGUAUGUACAUGAUUUACAUUUGGUGAAUGUUUGGAUUUGUUUGUAUGUUAUUUGAACUCCUGUGGAAUGCAUUUGCUUCAUGACCGAGUU